AAAAUAAUUUUAAACUAACAUAUAACAAACGAGUUAUAAAAAAACUCGUUCAAAGUUUUGACUGAUUAUGUAAACAACUAAAUAAUUUAAUGUUUAUUUCUUCCGGCUUGAAUUCUAUCAGCAAUAUCAAUAGAUAGUUUAUGUUAAACAUUCAAACAGUACUUUUUAAUUAUUAAGAUCGUUUAGUUUUAUUAUAAUUGAUUUAUAAAUAAUCCCAAAAGUCUCUAAAAUAUAUAUUUUCUUUUUUAAUUCUUAUGGAAACUAGUGUUGAAACCUUGCCUAAUGAAGAGACAUUAGAGGAAUUAUUUAAAGACAGAUUUACUGCAAAUGAUAGUAAGUAUGUAGAAGUUCAAUCGAGGAAAUUACCUUUACCCCCUGUUGUUCAUCCAUGGAGAGUACCUGGAAGAAUCUUUCAUAAAAAAUGGGACUAUUCAUCUUCUUCACAAGAUCAUGGACGUUCACGACAUGACAGAGAUCACCAUCGAUCUCAUUCCUACCGCGAUCGCUCUGAAGAUGGUGAUCGAAAUAGAAGAGAAAGGGGAGACUCUUCAAAUAGAAACUGGAAUGAAAGAAAUCGUGAUAGAGAAGGUUCAACGAGUCAUAAUCGAGAUGAGAGAACUCAUAAUGAAAGAAAUCGUUAUCGAUAACAAAUAGAGAAUGUCUGUAUAAUUUACUCAGAUUGAGAUUUAGGUCUCUAACCAAUUUCUGUUCUUGAUGAUAAAUAUCAUUUGAAAUAAAGACUCCAAAUAUGCCA